AUGCUAGUAGUGUUGGCUUUUACAAUUACAGUUUCGGCCAAGAACCAGACACAGUCUAUGGUCUUUAUCUCUGCCGAGGUGAUGUCUCCAUCGGUCUAUGUCGUGAGUGCGUUGCAAACACACGCAGUGACGUCUCACAGCAGUGUCCUAACGGCUCCAAGGCCAUUGUAUGGUAUGAACAAUGCACUCUACGAUACUCGAAUCGGAACUUCUUUGGUGUGUCAGACGCAGAACCAUACGGAUUUGCCAUUUUGGUUGGAGCAACCACCUCCUCCUCCACCAGUACUCCCAAUCCAACCAAAGGAAGGAAAGAAUGGUAGCAAUAGCAAUCAUGAUGUGCUCAUACAAGAAAUGGGUAUUGAAUUUUGGGGUGAUGGUAUUCCUGAGGAAGAAUCAGGGAACCCUGACCUUCCUAUCAUUCUUUUAAGCAUAAUUCGACAAAGUACUUCUGAUUUUUCUGAUGAAUCUAAGCUUGGAGGAGGAGGGUUUGGCCCUGUUUAUAAGUUAGUCAUUUGUUUACUGCAGAUGAUGUCCAUCGAGGAGAAAGUAGACCUUGAAUCUGAUGAGGAGAUCCCUUUUAGUUCAUCAGCAGCAGGAAAGAAAGUGCACCCUUUUGAUUCCGAGAGAAUUAGUAUUGCCUCACAUGUCGAUAUGUCCAAGUCAUGGAUUUUAAAGAGAAUACAAAUGGGUCCUUUUAGAAGUAUAUACGUUGUCUUAAUGAAAGCCAAGAUUAAUAUCCUGCUGCCUUUUGGUCCCUUGGCAAUAUUGCUUCGCUAUCUUACUGGAAAGCAUGUGAGUGUUACCAUGCUUAGUUCUGAAGCAGCUAUGUUGGGUAUCACGCCUUUGGCUGAGCGUCUCGGUUAUGUAACAGAGCAGCUCGCUUUCUACACCGGACCAACAGUUGGUGGGCUUUUAAAUGCCACGUUUGGGAAUGCAACAGAGAUGAUAAUAUCAAUCUAUGCAUUGAAAAGUGGGAUGAUAAGGGUUGUUCAACAAUCUUUGUUGGGCUCCAUCUUGUCGAAUAUGCUCUUGGUGCUUGGAUGUGCUUUCUUCUGUGGUGGGAUUGCCAAUCACCGGAAGGUUCAGGUUUUCAACAAGGCAGCUGCUCUAGUGAAUUCUGGAUUGUUAUUGAUGGCUGUAAUGGGGAUAAUGUUUCCCGCUGUACUUCACUUCACACACACAGAGGUUCAUUUUGGCAAGUCAGAGUUGGCCCUUUCAAGAUUUAGCAGCUGUAUAAUGCUGAUAGCUUAUGGAAGCUACCUUUUCUUUCAACUUAAAAGUCAGCCUAAUCUCUACAGCCCUGUGAAUGAGGGAGGAGAAAACGAUCAAGAAGAUUCUGAUGAAGAAGAGGUACCUGAAAUAACUCAAUGGGAAACAAUUGGCUGGCUUGCAAUUUUGACUCUGUGGAUUUCUGUAUUGUCGGGGUACCUUGUUGAUGCCAUCCAGGGAGCAUCUGACUCACUGAACCUGCCUGUGGCUUUUAUCAGUGUCAUCCUGCUUCCAAUUGUUGGAAAUGCUGCUGAGCAUGCAAGUGCAAUCAUGUUCGCCAUGAAGGAUAAGCUUGACAUCACAAUUGGAGUUGCAAUUGGAUCAUCUACACAGAUUUCAAUGUUUGUGAUUCCCUUCUGCGUGGUUGUUGGAUGGUGUAUGGGACAACCAAUGGACUUGAAUUUUCAACUCUUUGAGACGGCUACACUCUUCAUCGCUGUGCUAGUGGUGGCAUUUAUGUUGCAGGAAGGAACUUCAAACUAUUUCAAGGGUUUCAUGCUUAUUCUAUGCUACCUUAUAGUUGCAGCAAGUUUCUUUGUACAUGUUGACAAUAAUGGUCUCGAACAAUAUGAAUUUAAAGCAGGGAGACAUCCACUUUCUCUGACGCCAGAACCUAUUAAGGUUCAGUUGAAUCAAAUUAAGGAGUCGAUGGUUAUUCACAGUAGUGUGGUGUUUUUAUAUGGUUCUUUAGCCCGGAAAAUAAAGCUUGAGAAUUCCAAGAUUGCUAGGAAUUUUGCCGAGAUUUCGAUGAACUUCACAGAUCUCAUUAAAAAGGCCUCGUACCAGGAUGCUUUAAAUCCUAAUGCAACAUUAAUGGUGGACAAAUUUUUGAAGGAGGCGAAAGAUCAAGUCAAGUUUUCUAAGCAAUUGAUCUCUGAAGCAAAACUGUAUUUUGAUAAUCAAAUCAAGAUUCAAAAACUGAAGGACACAAUUUUUGCCUUGAAUGAUGAGAUGGCAAAAGUGAAAAGAACAGGUGAGUUCUCAAAAUCAAUUGCUACAAAAGCAAUCCCAAGAAACUUGCAUUGCCUUGCAUUGCGGUUGAUGCAAGAGAGGAUUGAGAAUCCCGACCGAUACGUUAACCAACAGACAGCGCCUCCGCCGGAGUUUGAAGAUCCAAGUCUUUACCAUUAUGCUAUAUUUUCAGAUAAUGUUCUUGCAGCUUCGGUGGUGGUGAAUUCGGUGGUGCGAAGCGCAAAGGAGCCAUGGAAACAUGUUUUACAUAUUGUGACAGACAGGACUAGUCUCGCAGCUAUGCAAGUGAUGUUCAAGUUGAAAGACCACAACGGCUCGCACAUUGAAGUGAAAGCAGUUGAAGAUUACAAAUUUCUGAACUCAUCUUAUGUGCCGGUGCUUCGACAACGAGAAUAUGCAGAGUUGCAAGGAUAUUAUUAUGGGAAUGGACUCGAAAAUUCGACAAAUGCCUCUACCAAUUUAAAGUUCAGGAACCCCAAGUAUUUAUCUAUAAUGAACCAUUUGCGGUUUUAUUUGCCAGAAAUGUAUCCAAAGUUGCACAAGAUUUUAUUUUUGGAUUAUGAUUUUGAUCAUCCUUUGAUUCGUGAUACGUUCGAUCCCCAGGCAUGUGUAUGGGCUUAUGGAAUGAACAUUUUUGAUUUAGAUGCCUGGAGAAUAGAGAAUUGCACUGAAAAGUAUCAUUAUUGGCAAGAGCUGAAUGGGAAUCGAACCUUAUGGAAGUUGGGGACAUUGCCACCAGGUUUGAUCACAUUUUAUUCCACAACAAAGCCACUGGACAAGUCAUGGCAUGUUCUGGGGCUAGGCUAUAACUCUAACCUUAGCGAGGAGAAGAUUCAAAAUGCUGCAGUUGUUCACCAUAAUGGGGAUUCAAAACCUUGGCUUGCCACUGCCAUUGCCAAGUACCAGCCAAUUUGGACAAAGUAUGUAGACUAUGAUUUGGAAUUUUUUCGAUCCUGCAAUAUUGGCCCUUAA